GACCCAGCUGCGGUCGUCGGCUCGCACUUUCGGUUGCGCAGCGUCGAGGGUCUGCGUAUUGUCGACGCUUCGGUAUUUCCACAGACGCCGGGGUUCUUUCCUGUCAGCUCUGUGUACAUGAUCAGUGAGAAGGCGGCGGAUGUCAUCAUGGCAGAUAAUUCAUGA